AUGAGAUCGGAAAGCGCAGACAAUUUGCCAAUACAAGGCUACUGUAGUUGGCAGGCACUGCCGGUAACAAAGCGUCCACGCGGUAAAGGCAUGGACUCGCGUGAGAAGGAGUCUGCACGUUGGGGAAGGGAAGCUGAUGCACGUCUCACACCAUUGCCUUGUGAUCUGGAUGGCACACGUCGAGACUUCCCCCUUCGUCUCCUCACAUAUCAGAGAUAUAGCGAAGACGAAUACAUUUCCAAUGCUCAAUGGAAGAUGAUUUUGCUAAAUGCGCAGAAUGAGAAAUCUCCAGACAGUUCUCGAUGUAUAUAUAUCAAAACCUCUUCUCGAUUUCCGAAUUUUCCUGGCCAGGGUGAUCGUGGACUGCUUAGUAGCCUUGCACGAGCAUGGUCGAAGACGAGCAACCAACGCAAAGCUGGAUUCGAAUUCAGCUAUCACAACCGCCUCAACAUAGGUCUCACAUCUGCCAUCGCCAGUGGUCAGGCCCAAGCCAAUCCCGAUAUUUUGGUAGUCAGCUUCUAG